AUGGUUUUAAAUCCUGCAAGUAUGCAUUUGGUAUGCUGGAGAUCGAGAUAUGGAAGGGCAGAGUGUAGUGAUCCGUCAGAUCCAGUCAUGAUUGGCCCCCUCAAAGUUACCGCAAUUCCCAAACUUUCUCCAAUAAUCUACAUAUGCAAGUAUCGCAGAAACCCUAUUUGGUGCCACUCGGAUCUCUUUACGGUCAACAACGCCCACAUCAUUCGAUCAUUCGAUGGAAAGCGAGAAACUGCCCGAUGA